AUGAGUUUAGCGAAGCUCGUGCCGGUGUCACGGCUAAAAUAUCUGACCAAAAUCCGCGAUAUCACCAUUGACGACUUUACCUUUCGUCUACACUACCGCUUUACAUUCUCAUUCCUCCUCAUUGGAAGCAUUCUCCUCACCGGUGAGCAGUUCUUCGGCAAGCCCAUCCAGUGCAUUCCCGGCAAGGAUGUCCCCAAGCCCGUCAUUGAGUCCUUUUGUUGGAUAGAGGGAACCUUUACACUGCCAAAGGGCCUGAUGAAGAUCAUCGGCUUCGAGAUUGCCGCCCCCGGCAUUGAGCAGUACAAGGAGUUCGUGGAGGAGGCGAAGAUGGAGAAGGACGAGGUGAUCUCCCACUCGUACUACCAGUGGGUGGGCAUGGUCCUCUUCCUCCAGGCACUCUGCUUCUACGUGCCCCACAUGCUGUGGAAGCUGUGGGAGAAGGGCCGCGUGCAGGGCAUCAUCAACGACCUCAACAAGAUCAUCCUCAAGGCGGAGAAGAAGGACGCCGACCAGAAGAAGCUGGUGGCGUACCUGGCGGACAACAAGGGCAAGAACAACGCCUACGCCUUUCGCUACUUUCUCUGCGAGCUGCUCAAUCUGCUGAACAUCAUCCUGCAGAUGGUCUUCGUCAAUGCCUUCCUCGGCGGCGAGUUUGCCAGCUACGGCAUGGACGUGUGGAAGUUUCUGGACAAGGACCCGGCGGUCCGCGUCGACCCCAUGUCGAAGGUCUUCCCCAAGAUGACCAAGUGCACCUUCCGCAAGUUUGGCCCCAGCGGUGAUGUCCAAAAGUACGACCACCUCUGCAUGCUGCCGCUGAACAUCCUCAACGAGAAGCUCUUCAUCGUCUUCUGGUUCUGGUUCUACGUGGUGCUCUUCUUCAGCUUCGCCAGCGUCCUCUACCGCGUCAUGGUCAUCGGCUGGCCGGGCAGUCGGGAGUUCCUCCUCGCACGCAUGCACAACCUCGCCGACCCGGAGAAG